CUAGGAUUCCUAGUACGAACGCACAACAGCCUUGGAACUGGAAUGGCUCUGUGGCUGACCGUGCUUGUCCUGAGCCCCACCCAAAAAUUCACUCCAUUAUCGAUAACGACGUAGUUGGAUCGCGCAAAGUCGCGUCUAUCCACUGACCUCAUCCUCCUACCCAUCACGUACCCACACAAUGGCGAAACGAAAGUCAGAGAGAGACCCUGAAGAUCUUCCCGAUGCGUCGGACAAGCGCAAGCAGAACGAUGACGACGAGUCCGGCAGCGACGAGGACAUGGAUAUGGUGAACGUCGACUUUGAAUGGUUCGAUCCGCAACCCGCAGUCGAUUUCCACGGGCUCAAAAACCUCUUGCGCCAACUUCUCGACGUGGAUUCACAAUUGUUCAAUCUCUCUGAACUCGCCGACAUUAUACUGUCGCAACCGCUACUUGGCAGUACUGUCAAAGUCGACGGCAAUGAGACGGACCCAUAUGCUUUCCUUACUGUGCUAAACUUGGAGACGCACAAGGACAAGAAAGUAAUCCAAGACCUAACAACCUACCUCUCCAAAAAGUCCGCGCCGAUCCCCACUCUCCCGCCCCUCUUGACAGCCUCGUCGCCCGCGCAAAUCGGCCUCAUCCUAACCGAGCGCUUCAUAAACAUGCCGCACGAAAUCGUCCCACCAAUGUACACGAUGCUUCUGGAAGAGAUACAAUGGGCAGUUGAGGAGAAGGAGCCUUACACAUUCACCCACUACCUCGUCCUGUCGAAAUGCUACUCGGAGAUACAGAGUCAAUUGCCGAGCGACGAUGCGCCACCGAGCAAGAAGAAGAACAAGAAGGCCGAUGUAGGUGAGGAGACGUUUUAUUUCCAUCCUGAGGACGAGGUGCUGCACAAGCAUGCAGUGGGAUACACGAGCUUUGAGUAUGACACACCCGUAGAUGAGGGUGCGAGUGAUAGCAAGAGGGCGUUCCAGGAGUUGGGUGUCAAGCCCAAGGGACAUAUGGUGCUGAUUGAGGCGGACAAGUUCAAGGGUGCUGUAGAGGCUGUAAAAACGUUCCUGAAUGGGCAGUAGAUACGCAAUGCAAAAUAAAUUCACCAAAUAACGCAAACGAAGAGACGGCGAAGGUUGACUCUAACUGGUGUUACAUUGCAAGGGACACAAGCCGAAUCUAUGUGAAUCAAACCGUAGGAAAUUGAUGCUCGCUCCUAUACACACAAGUCGACAUCACCGUCGUCCAUCUCUACCCAAAAAUUGCUCUGCUUAACCAAUGACAACCUUGCCAUCCUCGGGGAAGUCGUAUGCGGGAAUCUCCAGGUUGAGCGGGGCAGGUCCCUUUCUUAUGCGGCCAGAGAUAUCGUAGUGGGAUCCGUGGCAGGGGCAGAACCAACCUCCAAAGUCACCGGCCUCGCCAAUGGGCACACAUCCCAGAUGGGUGCAGACACCUAGUGCUGUUAGUCUGGGUU